ACAAGUGUUGGGCGGUGCUGACGGCUGCAGUCCGUCAAAGAAAACGCUCUUAAAAUAUUUUAAACAUCAACUUAUAUAUAUUUAUAUGCAAUUUUUGUCAUUGUACUUGAAAAUCAAAGAGAUGCGUGUUUAAUUUAGUGUCGCUUGUUUUAAUUUAAUAAACGCAUACAAAAAUUAAUUCUUUCUUAAGUACAGAAAGUGCUGUGACCUCAAACAGCUUUUUUAUCUGUCGUCAAUGCAAUUUUGUUUUGUAAAUUAAAACAAAAACAAUUUUUACUUGUUUAACCUCAAAUCGUCAGUGUUUUUAAACAAUUUUUUUAUUGUAGCGCGUUAAACGUAAGAACUCGUUUUUUAAUCAUUUUCGAGUCUGUGUAAAGUGUGUUGUUUUUCACGUGAUUUUAUUACUUGAAAAUUUUUAAUUUAAAAAGAACAAACAGAGAAAUAUUACUGUUAGCUUAAAAUUUUUUAUCAUUUUGAUUACAAUUUGCUGUUAUACAUAAGAAAACUAACGGCUAACAUUACCAUGGUUAGCAGCGUCUUAAAGAUAUCGGAAAAAGCGCCGGCAGAGUAUCCCAAGUCAGUCGCAUUCAUUAUCAGCAAUGAAUUCUGUGAGCGCUUCAAUUAUUACGGCUUGCGAACAAUUCUGGUGCUUUAUCUCACAACGAAGCUCCAUUAUGAUAAGGACACAGCGACGGUGCUCUUUCACAUAUUCUCCAUGUUGGUGUAUUUAUUUCCGAUAGUCGGCGCUAUCAUCGCUGACAGUUGGUUGGGCAAAUUCAGAACCAUACUGUAUCUCUCGAUGGUUUAUGCGCUCGGCGGCGUUAUAGUUUCGCUGGGCGCCAUACCGCCACUGCACCUGCCAGUGAAAGAAAUCACCAUACUCGGUCUGACGCUGAUCGCGCUCGGCACUGGCGGCAUUAAGCCAUGUGUGUCGGCCUUCGGCGGCGAUCAGUUCCGCAUGCCCGAGCAAGCCAAACAGUUGGCCACCUUCUUUUCACUCUUCUACUUCGCCAUCAAUGCCGGCUCAACCAUUUCAACCACCAUCACGCCCAUACUGCGUGAGGAUGUACAUUGUUUUGGUGAUAAGAAUUGUUUUUCGCUGGCCUUCGGCGUGCCUGCCAUAUUGAUGUUGCUCUCGGUGGUCAUAUUUGUGGCGGGUCGUAAAUUGUAUGUGGUCAAGCCGCCUGCAGGCAACAUGAUAUUUGGCGUUUCAAAGUGUAUUUCCGAUGCCAUCGGCGGUUGGCGCCGUGAACGUAAAACGAAUCCACGUAAACAUUGGUUGGACUAUGCAGAGGCGAGCUCGGGUCAGAAGAUGGUCGCAGAUACCAAGGUGCUGUUGAAGAUUUUAGUACUCUUCCUGCCAUUUCCUGUAUUUUGGGCGCUCUUCGAUCAACAAGGCUCACGUUGGACCUUCCAGGCGACGCGCAUGAAUGGUGAAACAUUUGGUUAUGUCAUUAAACCCGAUCAAAUGCAAGUGGUUAAUCCAUUGCUCAUACUUGGCAUGAUACCGUUAUUCACUUAUGUACUCUAUCCAAUUUUGGCCAAAAUUGGAAUUAAACGUCCUCUGCAAAAGCUCACACUCGGAGGUCUGUUGGCCGCUGUUGCUUUUCUACUCUCCGCCUUCCUUGAAGUCAAGUUAAAUGAGGUCGAUUCCAUGCCACCAAGUGAAUUUGCUGCCAAUCUGCGUAUUUAUAAUGGUAUGCCAUGUGCAUACACCUUCACUUCAGAGUUACCCGAAAGCCCGAAUGCCGUAGCACCGCUAGACUUGUGGGAAUACAAAGCAAUGUCUGUGCCAACGCCGCUGGUUUAUCGUUUCAACGCCACUUCAGCGAACAUACGUUGCAAAGACUUCGCCGGCGCGUUCCGUCUGUCACCGGGCAAGGAGACCAGUUACUUCAUUAACGCCGAUGGUAUGCAGGAAUUCGAGGACUCUAUGGCUAAACCCAAACUAGGCAACCCGAUGGUGCGUGUGCUGUUGAAUGUGCCCAACGAGGACAUAGCGAUCACAUUGACCGACGCUGUAGAGACUGCAGUGCCGCUUAUUAUCCGCAAUGCCACGCAAGUGAUCAAUUUAGCGCAAGGAGAUAGCGAUUUAGAGGUGGCGAAUAAGAAAAUAGCAACGAUCAACACAAAAAGCGGUGGUGUGUAUGCGCUGCUGGUGAACGGCAAUCUACAAGAUGGCUAUAGCACCAAGGCACAUGUCAUUACGCCACCCAACAGCAUACACAUAAUGUGGCAACUGCCGCAGAUCAUUGUUAUCACCGCGGCGGAAAUCAUGUUCUCCGUCACUGGUCUAGAAUUUUCCUAUACACAAGCGCCGCCAAGCAUGACUUCUGUGCUGCAAGCCUGCUGGCUGCUCACCGUGUCCAUUGGCAAUAUGUUGGUGGUCGUGAUAGCCGAAUUGAAGUUCUUCGAUUCACAGGCUGCUGAAUUUGCCCUCUUCGCCGGUCUCAUGGUUGUUGAUAUGUUUAUUUUCAUUCUGCUCACAAUACCAUAUAAAUACGUCGAGCAUGGCGAGGAUCCGGAGGCCAAUCAAGUGGUCGUAACGCCCAACAUCUCAAAACAAAGGGAGGCUGAGCGUGAGACUUACAUUGGUGGCAGGGAAAACGGUCAUCAUAAUGAAGCUUACGACGGGGAGCAUUAAAUCAAGAGACUGCUGUUAACUCUAUAUUUUACGAUAUUUUAAUUGUAUUGUUUUCCAUGUUCUUUACUAAGUAGUAUCCAUAGUGUAAUACCUAAUCGAAAAGCAGCAGUAGAGACGCUGCAAUGUACUUAAAUGGGUUGCGGCGCAUUUAGCUGUCAAUCGCUUUAAACAUAUUUUAGUCCUUCAAAUUUGUAUUAUAUUUUGGACUUUCCGCAUUUGGGAGUACCAUUUUCUGUUGCCAUUUGCUUUUUUCUUUUUCAUUUGUAUGUAAAUAUCGAAUCUCCCGUCUGCAUGUAUGAUAUUUUACAAUUUAUUUUUUAAAUCUCGUAUUUUUAAGAAUUAUUCCAUAUGAUAAUUUAUAGAAUUAAGUUUAUCUUUUAGCUAUUUGUAGUAUUGCAACGCUCUGUUGUUUAUGUAGAUAUGUCUAAAUAAUAAUAUUUUACAUUUAUUAUUUUUACAUA